UGUGGUUGCUCACAGUGCUGGUAACCACCUCCCCACAUAGCAGGCAGCCUUUCCCCAGAGGGAAGUAUCAGGUUGCUGUACUUCGGCUGUGGGUUGUCACUGUCUAAUAAUAUGACCGUUUUGCCAUCUCUGCAAAUAAGGCAGAAGCUGCUACCUGAUUGGUAUAACAUCUCACUUUCCCUCCUCAUUGAUUUCCUUGUUCUCCUUCUUUGCUUCGUAAAAAGAGGGGACCAGUGGCUGGUGCUGUGGACAGAGAAGCCUUAUUUUUAGUAUGAGACAACCUCUAUUUUCUUUCAGGAGAGGGAAGUUGGAUUAUCAAUUCUUUUGUAAAUGUGUAUGGUGAUAUUUGCUCCGCUUUUUGCAAUCUUUGCAUUUGCAACAUGCGGUGGCUAUUCCGGGGGCCUGCGGCUGAGUGUGGACUGUGUCAACAAGACCGAAAGUAACCUCAGCAUUGACAUAGCAUUUGCCUACCCAUUCAGGUUGCACCAGGUGACGUUUGAGGUGCCUACCUGCGAGGGGAAAGAGAGGCAGAAGCUGGCACUGAUUGGUGACUCCUCCUCUUCAGCUGAGUUCUUUGUCACCGUCGCUGUCUUCGCCUUCCUCUACUCCUUGGCUGCCACUGUCGUUUACAUUUUCUUCCAGAACAAGUAUCGGGAAAACAACCGAGGUCCACUCAUCGACUUUAUCGUCACUGUAGUCUUUUCGUUCUUGUGGCUGGUGGGUUCAUCAGGUUGGGCCAAAGGAUUGUCUGAUGUCAAGGUCGCAACGGAUCCCAAGGAAGUAUUGUUGCUGAUGUCAGCUUGCAAACAGCCAUCCAACAAAUGCAUGGCUGUCCACAGCCCUGUAAUGUCCAGCUUAAACACAUCUGUGGUCUUUGGAUUCUUGAACUUCAUCCUCUGGGCUGGAAAUAUCUGGUUUGUUUUCAAGGAGACUGGCUGGCAUUCCUCAGGACAGAGAUACCUUUCAGACUCAAUGGAGAAACACUCGAGCAGCUAUAACCAAGGAGGGUACAACCAAGACAGCUAUGGGUCAGGCGGUGGGUAUAGCCAGCAGGUGGGUUUGGGGCCAUGCUCAGAUGAGUUUGGCCAGCAGCCCAGCAGCCCUGCUUCUUUUACCAAUCAGAUGUAAGAGGGUCACAUUUGCAUUCUUCUGGAGAGAGCCUCACCACCUUCCGUUUCAGUGCCAGAAUAAUUUUUUAAGAGUUUCAAUCAAUUAUUAAUGCAGAGUGCUGAAAGUAAAUCAGACAUCUGUGGGCCUCGUUAAGGCAGAAAGGCCUGGGUCAUGAUAAACAGUACUUAGAGAUGAAGGGACAUGAGGAGAUACAUUAUUCAUCAUAGAUGGCUAAUUGGAGAGUACCUUGGUAUAUAUACACAGAUACUUUUAUGAUCAUUUUGUAUGUGUGUUGAGAUAGUAGAAGCAUUUUGUAGCUUAAAGUCUCUAGCAUAUAAUAUGCAUAAAUAAAUUAAAUAGCAUUGAGUUUACCUAUGCGUUUUGAUGCAAAAGACAUCUUAAUGAUUUCUGUAAGACAAUUUGGUGUAUCACAGUAUGCAUGCAUUCUUUAGUUGCAAGCCUAUAGGACUAUGAGUCUCUAAGUAUUUGUUUCAGACAAUUACUCUGUAUUCUUUUUAUCUGAUGAAUCAAUGCUCUUGUGAUUUAGUGCAUGAAAAAGCAUUUUCUCACAAAAUGAACAUUUGAACAGUAUUUAUGAAAAUUUUCCAGUUUGCACCAUGAAUUUGUUAAAUGGAUGUUUAAAAAUAUAUACUCACUACUUUGUAUACUUGCAAAUUUGUUUCUCUGGCUUUACCCAAUUCUGAAUGCACUGUAACUAAGGUUUGGGAUUUUUUUCCCUAUUGGUAGAUAUUCAGUAUUAUAUAUUGUAAUUUCCCAAUAUUUAUUCUAUUUACUUAGCUAAAUAUUUGCAUUCUUGUAACUUUCUAUGAUGUUUUGUGGCUUUUAUCCUAUAGAUCACGAACAAUAGGCCCCAUAACUGUCUGUGCUUAUGGAGUGUUGUUUUCUUAGAAUAAUGGAGAUGCAGAUAUCAAACACCAUAGUCAAGAAGUUAUUGUGCUCACAGAUGAUAAAGGAUAUUCCGUAGACCCUACACUUCUACACUCCCAGCUAAAAUUUCAAAUUCUGUUUAUUUGUAAAGUUAGUAUGUCCCUUGUUCCAAUUAUUAAAAAUGCUCAAGUCACAGCUCAACUUACUAAUUACUGGUUUUGAUUUGAGUGUUACCCAUAAAUUAAAAAUGACUUCCAUGAGCUACCCUGUAUCUCAGAGAGCGUUCUUAUGAAAUAUUGCCCAGAUGUAUUCAUCAUCAAGAAAAUGCCAAUCUUCACCUCUUUGUUUUAACUCAGUUGAAGCACCAGGGCCCAAUAGUGAGGGCGAGCUGAGCAUCUGUAUUUCCAGAUAAAAGUUGUUAUCAAUAUAUAACUCAUCUGUCCUCUGUGAUGUUGGAAGCAUUUUAGCACAAAACAGCCUGUGUCUUAAAUAUCUGUAACCAGUUUCUGGAUCAUGUUGGAUAAAUCUGUAUUGUGAUAUACCUAUUGGACCCUAAUAAAGUGAUUGCAUACAA